AUGUGGAAGAGUCUCGUCUCCAGCAGCCAACAGGCCACGCGGACAAGUCGUCAUCUCCGAUGCUCCACGGGUCUCUGGACACCACCGGUAUCUGCAGCAACACGGAGUACCUUCAGCACAACACCCCAUUCUCAGAAAGAUACCGGGAACACAGAUGCAUUCUUCAAAGAGCGCGAGGCGCUGAAUCCCGAGCGAUCAGAGGUCACAAAGUCCGGAACUGACAGCGAGGUUGCCCAACAUGCUUCAGCUUAUGAUCCACACAACAUUUCACCUGAGAGCGAACUCGAGGCUGUGGGAAAGGAGAAGCUGGCUGAAGGGAAGGAAGGGAACCCAUUGAAUAUGAGCCCUGCCAAUUCCGAAGUCAGUGCUUGGAGAGGUCCAUCUGAGGGAGGACCUGAUCGUAAUGCCGAGAAGAAGGGAGCUAGUGGGAAGGGCGUUACUAAGAAGAGUCGGUCCAUACAUGUCAAGGAGGAUGGAACGCAUGUUUCAUAUCGGGAUUGA